AUUCUCAGAAAAGGCAUCGACGCCGACGGUAACAAAUUCUGUCUCUCCCAUCAAAUAAAGAAAAUCCAUAAGGGAAAUAAGUUAAAAUCAUUGAUUAUUUUAUCUCAAACAUGGCAGAGAUGGCAGAUGUGGCAGAUACAAAAGGUGCUUCGGAAACUUUGAGUACUAAACACAAAUCUCUCGGGGAAACCCCAAAAAUAACAUUCGAAUUUCCGGACAAUGGGGGGACAUUUUUGCUUGCUGAUAAAGAACAGCUCGUGAAUAUAAGCGAAGUAUUUGAGAAGCAAAUCCUCAGCGAGCUCAAUAGGGAAAAUGAGAAAAUAGUGAUCAAGGAUAUAUCACUUGAGAUAUUCAGUAUGAUGAUUGAGUUCAGUUAUGAUGGUUCCAUCGAAAUCUACGAAAAAAAUUAUCUGGAAAUCCUUUACGCUGCCAAGAAAUACUUUUAUUAUGAUUUGCUCAACAAAGUCGUAGAGUUUUUACUGGAGUUUAUCAAUGUUGAUAAUCUGACUGAUCAUUUUGAGUUCAUAGAAAAGUUUGAACUAAAAAGCGUCAUGGAUCACAUUAACAUACUUUGCAUAAGAAAUCCUUUGAAGGUUAUUCAGCAUAUAACUUUCACAGAAGAUCACAUGCGCAUCUUGAAAGUUAUCCUCGAGUCUCCGGUUUUGCCUUGCACAGAAUAUACUCUCUAUUACACAAUAAUAGAAACGAUGAAAGGUCAGUUGCAGGAGUUACUGCGAGGCAAAUCGAAGAAAAUGCUUGGUGAAAUUAUGAGAAAGAAGCUUGGACCAUUGAUAUACUUGAUAAGAUUUCCCACAAUGUCAGUUGAUGAGUUGAUUUUGUGCGCCAAACCACCAUCUCUGCUGAAGGAUAAGGAGAUCGUGGAUUUUCAACUUUGGUCAAAGUUACAAGUCUUUACGGAAACUUUGCUUUGUUUCUCAAGAAUACCAAGAAAUCGGCAAAACAUCUAUUGAUUUAAUGUUACUAUUAAACCUAUUAAAAAGAAAUGGAUUCAAAGCAAAUAAAUAAAUAAAAAUCAUGUGAAUUAAAGAAC